CCAAGGUCUCGCCACUGCAGAUCGACUUGUCUCACAUUGUGUACCUGGCUUGUCUCCUAGACCAUAGCAUCAUCGCAUCGCUAUCUAUUUCCGCUCAACUCUUUCCCUCCGACUACUUCGUUCCCCGCACGGCCUGCCUGCCGUCAGUCAUGGCUUCGCCUAAGCCGAACCCGCUUCUCACGCCGUUCACCCUCCCCGACGGCACGGAGCUCUCGAUGCGCAUCGUCUACGCGCCGCUAACGCGCGAUCGCGCCGUCGGAACCAUCCCGCAGCCGAACGCCACGAUCUACUACUCGCAGCGCGCGCAUAAGGGCGCGUUGAUGCUGACGGAAGCCACGUGCAUCUCGGCCGAGGCGCACGGGUACCCCGACACGCCCGGGAUCUACACGGACGCGCAGAUCGCGGCGUGGAAGCCGGUGAUCAAGGCGGUGCACGCCAAGGGCGCGCUGCUCUACUGCCAGCUCUGGCACGUCGGCCGCGCGUCGCACCAAGAGUACCAACCCGAUGGCCGCGCGCCAAUGGCUCCGUCCGCCAUUCCGAUUCGUAGCGAGGACAAAGUGUACAUCAGCACUGGCGCCGCUGACUACCCCACCCCGAGGGAGAUGACCGUUGAAGAAAUAAAGACGGUCACUGAGCAGUACCGCGUGGCGGCUCGCAAUGCGAUUGACGCCGGAUUUGAUGGUGUGGAGGUGCACGCUGCCAACGGGUAUCUGCUGGAGCAAUUCAUUAAGGAUGGCAGCAACAAGCGCACAGACGAGUUUGGCGGCUCCCUUGAGAACCGGCUGCGAUUUCCCGUGCAGGUAAUCAAGGCAGUGGUGGAGGAAGUGGGGGCAAGCAAGGUGGGCGUGCGGCUGUCGCCUUACAACACCUUCCUGGAUACUUCCGACUCGGAUCCCGUGAACACGUACCUGCGAUUGGUCGAGCACGUGGACGGCAUGGGCUUGUCUUAUCUGCACUUCAUUGAGGCGCGUGUGCGGGGCAACGACGACCAGGAUGGGGGGAAGGAGACUCUGGAGCCCUUCCGCAAUGCAUUCAAGGGGCCCUUCAUUGCUGCUGGCGGCUAUAAGCGCGAAAGCGGCAUGUCGGCUGUCGAAGGUGGGUCGGCGGAUUUGAUUGCAUACGGCCGUCUCUUCCUUGCUAACCCUGACCUGCCGAAGCGCUUUGAGCUGAAUGCGCCGCUCAACCCGUACGACCGCAGCACCUUCUUCUGUGCAGAGCAAGUGAAGGGGUACAUUGAUUAUCCUUUCCUCGAUGAGGAGCCUAAGAAGGACGAGUAGAGAGGGAUAUGUGUAAGAAUAGCGAGGGAAAAUUGGAUACAAGACUAGAGCUGUACCCUCUAAGAUCUAAAUUAGCUAGGCUAUAAUACAAAUAUGAAAUACGG